AGAUGCGGAGUUACUGACAUCUGUGCGGAGUGCCAGCCUCAUGCAUUCAGCAAUCUAAGACUUCUUUAAAUAGAUACUUUUAUUGAAACUUUGGGAGGACCUCAAAAUACAAGAAUGGGGAGCGAUGCGGUGCAGAUAGUUAAAGAGGACAAGUGUGCAACAGCUCACUCUGAAGAGUGUUUGUCAAACUUCACUUGGCAGCCUGAUAUCUACAAUGACACACCCAAUGGAACCUGGCCGGCCGAGCCAGAGGCUAUGUCUCCAAUCAUCCCCAUAAUAACGGCGCUGUACUCCGUAGUGUUCGUGGUGGGGUUGGUGGGCAACUGUUUUGUAAUGUAUGUCAUCAUCAGAUACACAAAGAUGAAGACAGCCACCAAUAUCUACAUCUUCAACCUGGCCAUGGCAGACGCUUUGGUCACCACCACCAUGCCAUUCCAGAGCACUGACUACCUUCUUAACUCAUGGCCUUUUGGUGAAGUGGUCUGUAAAGUCUUCAUCUCAAUCGACUACUACAACAUGUUCACCAGUAUCUUCACGCUCACUAUGAUGAGUGUGGACCGCUACGUGGCGGUGUGCCACCCGGUGAAGGCCUUGGACUUCCGGACACCCGUCAAGGCCAAGAUCAUCAACAUCUUCAUCUGGGUGCUCUCCUCUGCUGCAGGCAUCCCUGCCCUGAUUCUGGGAAGCACUCAGACCAAUAAUGGCACAACAGAGUGUGCCCUGCAGUUCCCCGACCCAUACAUCUACUGGGACACUCUGAUGAAGAUCUGUGUCUUCAUCUUCGGGUUCGUAGCACCCCUCCUUAUCAUCACUGUCUGCUACACGCUGAUGGUGCUGCGUCUGAAGAGCGUGCGCCUGCUGUCGGGCUCGCGGGAGAAGGACCGCAACCUGCGGCGCAUCACACGCCUGGUGCUGGUGGUGGUGGCUGUGUUCGUCAUCUGCUGGACGCCCAUCCACAUCUUCAUCCUUGUCAAGGCGCUCCUUCCAGGCGUGCCCGAGACCACCGACGUCAUGGCCGCCUACUUCUUCUGUGUAGCUCUGGGCUACACCAACAGCAGCCUCAACCCCAUCCUCUACGCCUUCCUGGACGAGAACUUCAAGCGCUGCUUCCGUGACUUCUGCUGCCCAGGUAGAGGGCGUGGGGUGGGGGAGGGGGUCCAUGGGGUGAGCCGGGUCAGGAGCACUCUGAGGGAGCAUGCCUGCACUGCGGGAGGCCAUGACGACGGGGGAGGCCAAGGCCGGCCCGUAUGACUAGCUGUGGAACUGGAUUCCCUCCAGUCACACGGAGGGAGAGAGGACUCCAAUGACUUGGGUUUGACACAGAUCACUUCUGCCAUCUGAUGGCUUACAGAGAGGGGUGGGAGUGUGAGUGAGUGUGUGUGUGUGUGUGUGUGUGUGUGUGUGUGUGUGGGCGGGAGGCUUAAGAAGGGGCGUCUUUCAAUGUAGAUUGUAGAGACGUGUACUAUGUGAAAUAAAAUGCCCACAUAUAUGACAACUUAUCUUAAUGACCUAUGACUUUAUCUUAGCCCUCUAGUAUUGAGACUCUCAAUGAAUAUCAAAAUGCUAAUGAACCAAUGAUUAAAUAUAAUAGAAGGAAAAACCUACAUCCCUGUUUUCUGUGAGAUGUAGUGCCUUAUGAAGUGAAUUUGUGAACAUGAAGUGAACUUAUGAAGUAUUGGAAAUAGAAAAAAAAAACUUCAGCCAUAAAACUGUUUUCAAAAUAUAGGCCUUCAGAGAAUUUUCUCAUGUACGCCCAACAAUGUAGGUUGGCAAGGUACUAUCAGAGAAAACUUUUAUCAUUUAAAGAUCAGUUGGGUUUGACAGAAUACAUAUUCUCAGUAACCAAUGACCUGAUCACAUACUGAAACAGUAAUGUUGUUAGCAGAUGUAUACAUCUGCUUUUUAUUGUUUUUUUGUUGUGUGUCACAAGGCAACCUUAGGGACUUAUGGCUUUGAAUAUUCUAUCAUAAUGACUGCUGACAUUCUAAUACAUCUAUACAUCUAAUACAUAUAUUCUUUACAGUGUGCCCAAGGUGCUUUUUCCAUUACAUUAAGGAGAGCAGAGUAUAAGAUAUUUUCACUGAAAAGACAUAGAUCUUCAAAAAAUAUUCUACAUUAUGUGCCAAGUGUCUGAUCAUGUACUGCUGCAUUUGCACAAUAUUAGGAACAGACAGGUGAUAUGAAGUAUGUUUUUGACAUGACAUAAGUGGAAAUCACCCAUGAUUCAAGCAUGUAAAUGAAUGCAAUGUGACAUUUGAUUUGACAUUGUGCUAUUGCUACUAUACUUCUGAAGGUGUACCAGUCUCUUGUUCUGAAAUAAUGCACAAUACCAGCACAAGUAAUACCUCCACAUACAAAGUUCAAUUUUCACCAUCACCAUCAAUGAUGUACUGACAGUAAUUUCAGAUAUGUAUGCCUUGCGUGCCUUGUGCAAGUUAUAUUAGUAAAUAUUUAUUUAUACUGUAUACUUCUGCUUAUAGGAAGGAGUACGUUUCUAAGGUACCUCCAGAUGUAUUGUAUGUGAUGGAAAGUCUGUGUUUAUGCUUCAUGUAUUUGCAUUUGUGAUAGGACAGUGUAUUGAUAAUAUUUACAAUGUGUGCCUCAAGGUCAAUCUUGUAGGAUAUGUGCCAAACACAUCAUUAAUAUAAUCUGAAAUAGGACAAAAUAAGCAUGUGGAUUUACUGAAUGUACGUAUACGUGAAUGUCCCAGCUGUUGUUUUAUUGGAUACUACACCUAUUUUGAA